CUGUACCAUGACUCAAGCUCGCUGUCUGUUUUCUUGUGCUCUGUUGUUGCGUUAUGCUCCUCUUUGUUGGCUUCAACGUUUUCAUUUCGCCCUCUUCUCUGGCUCUUCGUCCUUAUGGCUUCUGGUUCUUCUUCAGUCAUCAAUCAAGCUGUGUUUCGCCAUCCACCUGUGUCGCUCGUGAUUUCAGAUCGCGAGCUUGCACAAUGCAGACGAUGGGACGUCUGUUGUGUCUUCAUGUGUCCUGCGGAAGUACUUUGGGUUUUGGGAGGUCUCUUCGGAGCGUGUGUCUUUGUAUAAUCAAUAUCCUGUUAACUGGUUUGUUGACAAUUGCCUGUCGUGGCGCCGAAUCUGCGGUGGGUUGUCGAAAAUUUUGUCGAGAGCAAUAUACUGAGAUCGCAUGCCCACAUCCCAUUUAUGUGUCCCCGAUCGCAAGGAUCAUGUUCGUGAUCUGCUUCGCGUACAUGUAUGUGAGAGCCUUUCGCAGCCUCGCCUCGUUCACGUCGUGCUACUUCCGAGCGAGAUGCGCCUAUAACCUAUGCGCCAAAGACCUGCUGUGUGCGGAAGCAGGGAAAAUACCGUUACAUUUGCUGCGCAAUGGCUGUUUACCAGAGCACACUCUGCCUCGUACUUAUGAUUUGGAAUUAUACAGUCAAGUAAUCUUGUAUUUGAAGGGGCUCACUAGUUGUUGGUCUUUGUCUGAAGUAUAUGUAUCGCUCGUGUCAUUCGGCUCUGCUUGGCAAGAAGUUGAACAGACCAAAAAAAGAGGGAGGGUACAUACUACUAUGGUACCAGAUUCCAGAAUCACUUUUUCGACACCACCUUCAAAAACCAGAAAAAGUCCUUCCGACUUCUGCCUUGCAAUCUUACCCUUUUUGUUUCGGGGAGAUCAUCACUGAAUACAACAAUGCGUAAACCAGGGAAUCGAGUGAUGUAGAUAUCAAGCAUGUUUACCGAACUGUCCACCCGACAAGGCGACUCAGAU